UCUGUCCUGCGAAGGGCAGCUUCCCGCACACCCUGCCAGCAGCACUGUGCAAAGGCCCAAGGAUUCCUCAGCCAGCACCCAAAGGCAGCCACCUCUGGGGCGAAACAAGGCAGCUGUUGAGCAGCCAGGCAGUAAUGCUCCACAGGGACCCCUCGCCACCCGGCACUGACAUGCAGCCACCUCUGGGGUGGGACGCUACAGCAGCUGCACAAGGACGCUCAGCGCUAAAUGCAACCCCCACCCCUCCCAGGGGGAGGCCGCAUCGGCGACGCAGGAAAUUGAAGGGGGGGCUUUCCAGCCCCGAUUGUAGGCUGAGCCCAGGCGCGGGACGUGGCGGCGCACAGGCUGCGGCGGGGGCCGGGCCGGGGGAUCGAUCCGGGCCGCCCAGCGGCUGUUCCCGGCUCGGCGAGCUGCGUUGCGCGCCCGCUGCAACCGGGCGGGGCCGAGGGAGGCCGAACGGCACCGAGCCGGCGCGACCCCGGCGAAGGCUCCUAGCCCCCGGCCGGCCGCCGCUCGCCACCAUGGGAGCCACGAGGGAGCCGCUGCCCCGGGGCGCGCUGGGCUCCUUGCUGCUGCUGCUGGGGCUGUGUGGGGCGCGGGAGGUGCACCUGCCCCCAGGGCCCCUGUUCCGCGUGGAGGGCACGGCCAUCUCCAUCCCCUGCAGCGUCUCGGAGUACGAGGGCCCCACGCUGCAGCACUUUGAGUGGCUCCUGUACCGCCCGACGGCGCCCGGGAUCUCCAUCGGCAUGGUCAGCACCAGGGACCCCAGCUUCCCCUACGCCGUCUUCAGCCCCCGCGUGCAGAGCGGGGAGGUGUCGGUGCAGCGGCUGCGCGGCGAUGCCGUCGAGCUGCGCAUCGCCCGGCUGCGGGCCGAGGACGCCGGCGUCUACGAGUGCUACACGCCCACCACCGACUCCGCGUACCACGGCAACUACAGCAGCAAGGUGGUGCUGAAAGUGAUCCCUGACAUGCUCUGGGUCUUGGCCCCCACAGCCAGGCCCCCUCUGCGGGGCCGCAUGGCUGGCACUUCCCCGCUGCAGCUCAGCUUGUCGGAGGGCCAGGAGCUGCAGCUGAGCUGCACGGCCCAGAGCCAGACGCAGCAGCACACCCAUCUCUCCGUCUCCUUCGGGGUGUCGGCCCCGGAUGCCCCCGUGGGGCGCCAGACGCUGCAGGAGGUGGUCGGGGUGCGGCGUGACUUCGCCGUGGAAGCUGGCGGGCGCUUUGCGGACCGGUACCGGGCUGGGGAGCUCUCGGUGGCCAAGGCAGGCAGUGAGCAGUACAAGCUGGCGAUCGGGCAGGUGCGCCUGGGGGACGCGGGCACCUACCACUGCACAGUAGGCGAAUGGAUCCAGGACCCUGACAGCAGGUGGCAGCUGAUCACCGAGAAGCGGGCAGCGCUGGCCCAGGUGACUGUCCAGUCCAUUGCGAGCCAGCUGGCGGUGUCGGCUGGCCCACCCGAGGUCCGGCUCAGCGCUGGAGACGCCCUGGAGCUUCUUUGCAACCUGUCAGGCCCUGUGCCCCCUGCACCCCACGAGGUGUACGCCGUGAGCUGGGUGGUGGGCGAGGGGGACGGGCUGCUGGUGGCACAGCUGGACACGGACGGGGUGGCCGUUGUUGGGGAGAGCUAUGCCAACAGCCAGGUGGGCCGGCGCCAAGUCUCGCUGCAGAAGCUGACACCCACCCCAGGCUCCUACCGGCUGCGGAUCGAGUCGGCCCAGCCAGGGGACGAGGGCACCUACCGCUGCGUAGCCCAGGCUUACGUGCGCUCCCCUGAUGCCCGGCUGCGGGAGGUGGCCAGCAGCCGGUCGCAGGGGCUGAAGGUGCACAUGAAAUCAGAAGCCGUGGUGGUGGAGGCCUACGCAUGGCUGCCCAUCCCCGCCACCUACCGCGGGGACACGGCCGAGCUGCUGUGCAACAUCUCGGUGGAGUCGACCCAGGCCGUCCACGUGGCCGUCAGCUGGUGGGUGGUGGGGGAGGAGGAGCCCCAGGGCCGGAUGGUGGCGUCUGUGAGCCGCGAGGGCGUGGCCAAGCUGGGCCGCCGGGCGUCAGGCGGGGACAUGAGUCUGGACAAGGUGGGGCCGCAGUCCCACCGGCUGCGGCUCCAUGGGGUGCAGCCGUCCGACGAGGGGAGGUACCACUGCGCCGUCACCUCCUGGGUGCGCUACCCCGAUCGCAGCUGGUACAACGCCGGGGCCGUGAAGUCCAACUCCGUCGCCGUGUAUCCCUACGCCCGGGCCAUGGAUACCCUGUUCAUCCCCCUCAUCGUGGGCAUUGCCAGCGCCCUCUUCACGGGCAUCGCCAUCCUCGCCACCAUCACCUGCUGCUUUAUGAGGCGGCUCCGCAAGAGGUGAAGCGCGUAGGAGAACGGCCCCAGGGCGCUGCAGGUGCCUGCUCCAUCUUGCUUUCCCACCAGCCUUCACUCAGGCCACUGGGCUCCCUUUUUCCCCCCCGCUUGUGACUUUUGACCUCCCACCUCCUUGGACCAGCUUAGGGAGCAUUUCAGCUCCUCGGACUGCACACUGGCUUCCUCCUUCAUUUCAGUCAUUCCAUUUAUUUUUUUCUACACUCAACCCAGAUCCAGGCAAGCCCCUGGUGGGAGAUGGGAGAGACCCUGGGUCCUGCAUCAGGGCCAGACGUUGCCAUGCCAAGAAGUCGAUGCGUCCGUCUGAGACAGCCAGGCUGGAGAGGUCCAUCCCUGCAGGACAUGAGGGACAGUGGCACUGCCUCAUCUGCUCCUGGACUCGCUGCUUACCCUGUCUCUGUGUCCCAGGGUGGGAGCGUGGGGGCUGCAUUUCCCUUGCUGCCAGCAUCUCUACAUCCUCCACCCCCUCUGUCCGUAACCCCUGUUCUCCCCUCCCCUCUCUCAUGUGUUUUGGCUCGGUGAGGGCUGUCCUGUGGAUCUAGAUAUGUGUGGACUCUGCCCCUGCAGUGUGCGCAGAGAAAGGGUGUAUCGUUCCCUAGGGGAGGGGCCCAGAGGCAUUGUGCUCUGGAGAAUCUGAGACUUGAUCUACUGGAGACCUCAGAAUCAGUAACGUGCUUGUAGCCUACAACGUGGACAACAGCCUGUUACUGCUGCCAGCUGAGGGAACUCCUCCUCUAGCCGGAGCAGUAGAGCCUUGGGCUUUGAAGCUGAAGGUCCUGGGUGCAAAACCCUGCUGAUGACCCAUGCUGGGGUCAUGGUUGGGUGACCUGAGAGAGGGGAGGGGUCUGCCUUUGUGUAAGAGGAGAGAGGGACUCUAAUGCCAAAGGAUGGGGGCUCAGACCUUCCCUGGUCCCCCCUCCCCUUUGGGGUUUUAAAUGCACCUCAGCUCUGCCUUCAGGAAUAGCCGAGUACUCAGGUCCCUUUGCAGCCAACGGGCCCGAUCCUGCCCUGUCCCUCAUGCUCACUGCACCUGUGCUCUCAGGCUGAUCUGAUGGCAUUUUGCACUGACUGUGAGAAAUCCUGGCCCCCCUGAAGUCAAUGGAAAACCCCCCAUGAUCUGCAGUGGGGCCAGGAUUCCAGCUGUGGUGGAAUCCGACUCAGGUGUUUCUGUUCAAGGGACACACGUAGCAAUGGCCACGGAGUCCGGGUUUGUUAAAAAGAUCCGAAAACCUCAUCGCGGUGGAGAUGGGCUAACACAAUUGGUGGCAAGUUUUUAUUAAUGGCACCGUCUCCCAGGUCCCUGCAAGAGGGAAAGUGCCCAGGCUGGCGAGAGACAUGCCAAGCCGAGGCGCUGUGCGGAGGGGGAGAACCGCCGCUGGCAUUGCUUGUCCUCUCUCCUCCCGGGUGCUGGGGAGGGGCCUAGAAUGCCGGGCUUUAGAAAAAGAGCGGUUGGGUUUGAUGUUGUGGUUUUAAUGUAACAGGCACACGACAGCCGGGAUUUUCCAAAGCUGCCUGGAAUGUCGCUGUUUAAAACCAGGGCAAUCGGCCGUGCGCGUUCCUGACACGGUUUAGAAAAACCUCUGCCCACAUAAUGGUCAUUCCUGUGGCCGGUCUUGGCGCAAUGGGGAGUCCCCCCAAAUUACCCUAUCAGACGAGCACAGAAUCGCGUGGGUUGGGGAAAUAACACGUUUUUACAGAUAAGCACUAUAUAGAGACAACCACUGUACAUAGAUGUACAAAUUAUUAGUCUCUUUUUAGAGAGAUAGGAUCAGAUCCUUAUCUGGUGUAAAUCAACAUAGCUUGGCAGGAUCGAAUCCUUGCUGUAAAGGGCCGAGCACUCUGGCCCUGGUGCAGCAAAGCCCUUAAGCAUCUUCUUAACUCGAAAUCGGCCACUUGUUCCAUUGAAGUCAGUGGGAGCGCUCCUGCGUUUAAAAUUAAGCACCCGCUUUGCUCAGUGAGGGUCUCUAACCCCAGCAGAGGAUCUGAUCCUGUCUAUACACAUCACUCUACAGAGCUCUAGAUAUAUUUAGUAAUGACGGGGUGGUGUAAAAUCCCUAGAGAUCAUCCCAAACCUUUAUAACCAUUUUAUGUUGCAGAUUUGAGAGGGAAACCGUUUUCCGAAGCUCAGGGUCGAUGUGGAAUGUUUCUAGAAAGUCUGUUUUAUAAUUGGAUAGUAACCCAGCCUGUGGACAAACUUGGUGUUGCUGGGUGGCACAGGAGGGGUUAAUGCCUGAUUUUUUUUUUCCAGCUGUGGAGAGCACAGUUCAGAUUUGGUUUAAGUCACAAAGCCGCAAUUCAGCUUGACCGACUGUUUGGGGGAGCUUGGGGAGUGGAAUGGGGGAGGGGUUAACGGGUCGGGGUUCAUGUCUGCAAAUCCCAGAGCCGUGCUAGGCCUCUUGCCUUCAGGUUUAGUUACUGAUGAUUCCUGCAGACCCCAAGUCUCUCCGGUGGAUCUAAUCUGUUGCCAUGGAAAUCCUGGCUCAUGUUGGGAGCAGGGCGGGUGUGGGGGGGGGGGUGGACUCACUUUUCAUUAAUGUGAUGUGAUGUCACAAGGAGGUUCCCGCCCCAGUAAAGAGCAUUUCCUUGUAUAGUUUCCCAGGGCCUCCCUGUAACUCCACACUGCUGCACAAUGGCCUUUUAUAGUCGCGGGCUGGACUAGAUGGGGCAGUGGGGGGAACCCCCUGUGGGGAAGCCAGGGCCCCCAUGGUAGGGUUGCCAACAGUCUAAUCACACAAACUCAAACACCCUUGUCCCACCUCUUCUCCAAGGCCCCGCCCCACUCACUCCAUCCCCCCCCUCUCUGUCACUCGCACACUCACUUUCACCGGGC